AUAGUCGAAUUGAUAUUAUAAACAAUAAAUUGAUGAUUUUGUUUUUUUAAAGUUAACAAGAGAUUAGUUAGAAAUCUUUUAAUAAAUCAAAUUUUUUUUUUAAAUUUGUGACUGUAAUUUAAUUCAAAAUUCAAUGUACAGCAAGUCGUUUUGACAGACACGAGCAGAAGAGAUAAAAUAGUGAGCGGGAGAAGACAGUGUAAACUCCGAUGGCGGUGGCAUCGGUAAGCUUGGCGGCACAGCUACAAUCUCCGCCGUCAAUCCGCCCACUUCAUUGCCGCAGCUUAUAUUCAACUUCAAACGGCCACAGCAGUUUCAAAUCGAAGCCGCCAUUUCCACCUCAAAAACAUGUACUAGUAGCACCGGUAAGAAGAAGAGGAAUAACGGUGGGUGGUGCAAUGCUAAAUUUAAAUUCGGGGGGACCUUUAAUUUCACCACAAGAUCAUUGGGGUAUAUGGGCUGCUCUCUUUGCCACCGCUACUUUUGGCUUAUGGUCGGAGAGAACCAAGAUUGGGAGUAUGAUUAGUGCUGCAUUGGUCACCAUCUUGGUUGGAAUUGCUGCAAGUAAUUUGGGAGUAAUUCCUUACGAGGCGCCUGCAUACUCAGUUGUGUUUCAAUAUCUUCUACCUUUGACAAUUCCAUUGUUGUUGUUUAGAGCAGAUAUGUGGAACGUAAUACACUCAACAGGGACACUGUUUUCUGCCUUCUUGCUUGGAUCAGUAGCGACAGUAAUUGGAACUCUAGUGGCGUUCCUGUUGGUGCCUAUGCGGUCACUUGGUCAAGAUGCUUGGAAAAUAGCUGCAUGUCUGAUGGGUAGUUACAUCGGUGGAGCGGUUAAUUAUAUUGCAAUUGGAGAAGCACUUAAAGUUUCACCAUCUGUGCUGGCAGCUGGUGUAGCUGCUGACAAUGUUAUCUGUGCCAUAUAUUUUGUUAUACUAUUUAUGCUAGCCUCCAAAAUACCUGCAGAGCCUCCUUCGUCCAAUGAUGGUGCUGCCACAGAGUGGACUUCUGGAAGCAACCUUCCUGUUCUUCAGUCUGCUGCUGCAAUUGCUAUUUCUAUGGCCCUCUGCAAAUCUGCUAUGUGGAUGUCCAAAUUACUUGGUGUUCAAGGAGGCAUUCUGCCAAUAGUUACAGCACUUGUUGUGAUUCUCGCAACUUUGCUUCCUACACAAUUUGCUUACAUUGCACCUGCUGGUGAUGCUAUUGCUGUAGUGUUGAUGCAGGUAUUUUUUGCUGUGCUUGGUGCGAGUGGUAGCAUCUGGAAUGUCAUUAACACAGCACCUAGCAUCUUCGUGUUUGCACUCAUUCAAGUAACUGUCCACCUGCUUGUAAUCCUUGGAUUAGGAAAGCUCUUCCAAUUGGACCUAAAAUUAUUACUACUGGCUUCCAAUGCUAACAUUGGAGGUCCUACGACAGCAUGCGGAAUGGCUACAGCCAAAGGAUGGGGUUCUUUAGUUGUCCCCGGAAUUCUGGUUGGUAUAUUUGGAGUUUCUCUUGCUACAUUGUUUGGCAUCAGUUUUGGCUUAUUGGUGCUUAAAAACAUGUGAUACUGAAACAACAUGUAUAUUACACCGUGAUUCAAGUGAGAACAGUUUUGUAGUUAUUUUUUUUAUGUUAUAUAAAUAAUAGUGUUCUCGGUGUUCUCACGCUAAAACGCGUUAGCGCGCCCCAUGUACAUUAUGUCACUUGUAUGAUUUUAUAAUAAUUCAUAUAUAUACAAAAUAAUAUUAAGAGAAUACA